AAAAAGGCUCAGGAAAUCUAUAUUCCUCUGGACAUGUCAUGAAGUGAGGAGAGGGUGUCUGAGCACAAGGAUUUACUUGGGUGGUUAAGGAGAUGAAAAUGACAAUUAUAUGGGUUUGUAGUUGUACCAUACUACAUUUUGCCAUUCAUAGAAAAUGGAUGGAACACUGCUCCUUUAAAAGCCUGACCCUGCUUUAAACUACUUCUGAACUUCAUCCCUGACUUGUCUUGUGUGUUCCUCAGUCUUAAUGACGCUGUUUGCUCAUCAACAAGCAAAGUCUUCACAUAACAGCUGCAUGUAUACAGAAAUUAAAUUACAUAUAUGUAGACCAGACAGCCUCUGUACGCAGGCUGUUGUUCCUUGGUGCCGUCUGGGGUUCGUCUUCUGACCUCAGGAUCUUUGCUGUAUGGCUGUUUGAUAAUUGCUCAUGCCAGGAAAAAAAAGAAAAACAGACAUACAUUUAGACUCCAUUUAUAGUUAAGGUGACUUCAGAAAACACUUGGUUUCAAUGAAAACUGCAAGAAACAGUUUUCAGUUAAUUGAAUGUCAUUGUAUGACAUAAAUUCCCACUAAACUGAAGUGUGAACAGUGUGUGGUUCUAAGGAGACAACAUGUAAAAACUGCAGCUCAAAGGUUGACACACAGCAGAUGAAUCAGAUGAAAGAGGAUGUUUCUGUUUUUGCUGAAAUCUUUUCCAUCUACUUAUAGACAAUAUGGCCUAAUUUAACACUGACCUGGAAUUGAUGCAUAAGUAUGUUUUAUUAAUGUCUCAGCAAUGCUAUGCUUUCUUCACGCGUGCAUGUCAUUCACAAUACAAAUUCUGCUCUGAGAUGAAAUAUGGAGAAUGAAUUUAAUCUCCAAAGCCCAUCUGCUGCUUUUGUUGCUUUAAAACACUCCCAUCAUCUCCUCUUUUACCUUCACUGCAGGUUGUUUGAGGUCACGGCUGCAGUUUUCUUCUUCACCAGAAGGCGGCAGGCUGCGUCACGACUGAUGAGACAGGGCAGCCCAUCUCCAGUUGCCUGCAGUUUGUUUCUUCAAUAUUUUAGUGCUUCAUGAAUCAUGAAUACAACAAACUGCUCAGUUGUCCGCAAUACUAUGAAAGCCGGGCUCAAAACCGGUGCGUAAUCUGAAGCUCCACUGAGUUCUUCUUUCCUUCUCUUUAAAUGAAAAUGAUGUGUUUACCACCUUAAAACUGAAAUGUCCUGGCUUCAUAUCUCCUUUUUUUUAUUUGAGUCUUUUCCUUCCUACGCCUUUGCCUGUGGCUGCGCUCUCUCAUCCUGUGCUGCUGCAGUGUAAGCCUAGAGAGGCUGCAUUGUCAGAGUUUGGAGAAAGUGCUUGCGUCAGUCUCUGUCCUGCUAUAAAAGCGCAGCCUGCCGCUGCAGCAAGCAGUCGGGGCUUAAACCUGAGCCCUCUGUUUUCCUCCCAACCCGCGCAGACACACAGGACAGAGGGAGAGCAGCCAGUCCCUCCAACACCCAGCCAUGAGUAGCAUCGGAUAUGACCCCUACUAUGCCUCCUCAUUGUACAAACACAUGUAUGUGAAGCCUACCCCUCGGGUGGUGGUGAGAGGGAGGACCCAAGCCGCCUACUCUUCCCGAUCAUCCCCACUAUCUUCCUCCCGUCUGCAGUACUCCUCUCCCAGCCGGGUGACAUUCUCCUCGUCUUCCUCGGCCUCCUCCCUGGAGCGGGAACUCAGCCAGGCGGCCCAGAUCAGCUCCGACUUCCGAACCGUGCGCACACAGGAGCGCAGCCAGCUGCAAGACCUCAAUGACCGCUUCGCGGGCUUCAUCGAGAGGGUGCGUGAGCUGGAGCAGCAGAACCGUGCUCUGGAGGCAGAGCUGCUGCUGCUGAGGCAGAAGCACGCCGAGCCGUCCCGUCUCAGAGCAUUGUACGAGCAAGAGGCCAGGAGUCUGAGGGCCGCUGUCGAUGAAGCAAGGGGAGAACAGCAGACUGCCCUGGGCCAGAGGGAAAGGCUGGAACAGACCCUGAACUCACUGCAGGGUCGAUAUGAGGAGGAGUUGCUGGCUCGGGAAGAAGCGGAAAGCAAGCUGAUCGAGACCCGUCGCGAGGCCGACGAGGCUGCCUUAGGAAUGGCCGAGCUGGAGAAAAGCGUUGAAACCCUGCUGGAUGAACUGGCCUUCCUCAAGAGGAUCCACGAGGGGGAGGUAGCUGAACUUCAGGCCCAGGUCCAGCUGGGAGUUCAGGUAGCGGUUGAAUCCGAAGCCGCCGCUCCAGAUCUGUCUGGUGCUCUCAGGGACAUCCGGUCCCAGUAUGAGAGGCUGGCCGCGAGGAACAUGCAGGCAGCUGAGGAGUGGUUUAAGGGGAAGGUGGGCUCACUGACUGAAACCGUGGCUCACCACACCAGUGCAGUGAAAAGCUCAAAGGAUGAAGCAGGAGAGUACCGGCGCCAGCUGCAGUCCCGCAUACUGGAGAUUGAUGCGUGCAGAGGCCUCAACAUGUCCCUGGAGAAGCAGCUGCAUGAGAUGGAGGAGAAGCAGAGUGAAGAGAUAGCUGCUAUGCAUGACACCAUUGCAGAGUUGGAGAAUGAGUUGAGGGGCACCAAACAAGAAAUGGCACACUACCUUAAGGAGUACCAAGACCUGCUGAAUGUUAAAAUGGCUUUGGAUAUUGAGAUCGCAGCAUACAGGAAGCUUUUGGAAGGGGAGGAGUCUCGCUUCAGCGUGGGACUGUCUGGGGGCAUGUCUUCCAUGUACAGCCACAGCAUGGCAGCACCCUCCUUCACCCGGCCCAUCCUCUCUAGCCUCAGCUCCGGCACCUCUUACCUGAUGACCUCCCGUCUGCUCAGCUCCAGCACCACUGAGGGCAUAAUCUCUGCCAGCCAAGCCCAGCAAGCAGAGGCCAGCCCCCCAGCAGAGGAGGAGGAGGAAGAGGAGGCCGAGGAGGUAAAGGAAGAAGAGGAGGAGGAGCAGAAAGAAGAUGAGGGGGAGGAGAAAAAAGAAGAAGAGGGAGGAGAGGAGGAUGAGAAAGAAGAGGAAGAGGAAGCAGGGGAGGACGGUGAAGAGACUAAAGAGGGAGAAGAAGGUGGUGAUGAAGAACAGCUGAAGGAAGAGCCUGAACAGGCUGCAGUUGCUGAGGAAGAGAAGGAAGAGAAAGAUAAAGGUGAGGAAGCUGAUGUCAAAGAAGAGCCAAAAGAGGAGGAAAAAACAGAGGGAGCCGAGGAUGAAGAUGAGAAGGCCAAAGAGGAAGAGAAAGAGGAGAAGGGAGAUUCUAAAGGGAGCGAAGAGAAAGAGGAGAAAGAAGAACCUAAAAAGAGUGAAGAGAAAGAAGAUACCGCCGAUGUCAAGAAGGAGGACAAAGCUGAUGUCAAAGAAGCCAAAGAAGCUGCUCCAAAAAAGGAUGAUGCCAAAACAGAGAAAGCUGAAGAAAAACCUGCCAAGUCUGAGCCUGCUGAAGAAAAAAGCACAAAAGGUAAAAAGUAAAAUUAGCACACUAUGGCCGUGACCGCAAAUCUCAGCUCAGUAAUCAAAUAAGACAUCAGCGCUGGCAAUCCUGCUUGGUAACAUGGUGCUCAAUAAAACAACCUGAUAGCCAUUUCCAGCAACAAGUCAAGCUAAACUGCUUCCUAAGAUCGAGAAUAAACCAUAAAGGUCUGAAUGCACAAUUCCUAAUGUCUGUAAGAUGUAUAACCGCUGAAUGCUAAACUGAGUGUCUGUGUUUUGGGUGAAUAAAUAAAGAAAUGAUUCUUGAAGCCAA